GCCAUACACUCCACCAAGCUCACGAGAUGCGCAGACGCGUAUUAAAUCUUCCAUUCCUCGUCUUCCCCCAGAUCCUGCCUGUUUUAUCUCUCAAGCUCUCUCCAACCGAUUCCUUGACAUCUUCAUCGGUUUAUUCAACAUGCAGGUUCCUACUGCGACUUCACUGCGCGACAUCUACCCCGAGGACGCUGUCCCAGUAGAGACAAAACGAUGGGAAAGCUUACUGGCCAAGUUCAAAGAGCUCUAUGGAAAGCAGGCGGACUUUGUCUCCCGGAGUCCUGGACGUGUCAAUAUCAUUGGCGAGCACAUUGACUACUCUCUGUAUGAGGUGCUUCCUAUGGCCAUCACAGCCGACUUCAUCAUGGCAGUAGCUGUGCGACCUACAGACGAGAAGCCACGAGUACGGAUAGCAAACCUGAACUCCGAGAAAUUUCCUACGCGAGAGUUUGAGAUUCCUGAGGGAGAGAUUCCGGUAGACGCAUCCGAGCAUGAGUGGACGAACUACUUCAAGUCGGGUCUUAAAGGUGUCUCGGAACUCCUGCAGAAGAAGCGGGGCAAGUUCACCUCGGUUGGCAUGGAUAUUUUGUGCGACGGAACAGUACCCAGUGGAGGCGGUUUGUCUAGCUCGGCCUCUGUGGUGUGCACCAGUGCGCUGGCCGUUCUGGCUGCGAAUGGCGAAGAGAAGGUCGACAAGAAGGAGCUCUGUGAGCUUGCGAUUGUCUCUGAGCGCGCAGUGGGUGUCAAUGCUGGAGGCAUGGACCAAGCAGCCUCAGUCUUCUCCCUCCGUGGCUCUGCCCUCUACGUAUCUUUCAAGCCCAGUCUCGACUAUACCACCAUCGAGUUCCCCGACACAGAUCCCGAACUCACCUUCGUGACCGCCCAGACUUUCGUCGCUGCCGACAAGCACGUCUCCGCGCCUGUGUGCUACAACCUACGCGUUGUAGAAUGCACUCUAGCCGCAGUCUUCCUCGCCAAAGCAUUCGGCCUGAAGGAUCUUCCAACAGACUCGUCGCCUCUAGGCGUCAGCCUGCGUGGUUUCCACGACACAUAUUUCGAGGAGAAAGAGGGCGUGCCAGACAACACCAAGACUUCCGUCACCGACUUCGAAACACAACUGCAAAAGCUCAUCCAGCACACCGGCGAUUACCUCCCCAAUGAAGAAGGAUACUCGCGGGAAGAGAUCUGCGGCCUCCUCGGCGUCUCGGAAGACGACCUGAACAAGCGCUACAUGUCCAAGUUCCCUGUCCGCGCUGAGAAAUUCAUGCUCCGCCAGCGCGCCCUACAUGUUUUCAGCGAAGCUCUCCGGGUCAUUCAUUUCCGCUCCCUGCUCGCCUCCCCACCGGAAACAAAAGACAGGGCUUACUUACAGUCACUUGGUGACCUGAUGAACGAGACGCAGACCAGCUGUCGCGACAUCUACGACUGCAGUUGCCCCGAGCUCGACGAGCUGUGCACGUUGGCGCGCGCAGCUGGGUCGUGCGGAAGCAGGUUGACGGGCGCUGGGUGGGGUGGCUGCAGUGUUCACCUCGUACCCAAGGAUAAGGUCGAGGCGGUCAAGAAGGCGUGGGAGGAGAAGUAUUACCGAAAGCACUUUCCCGAUAUUACGGAGGAGAAACUGGCACAGGCUGUUGUGGUUAGUAAGCCAGGGAGCGGGAGCAUGAUCUUCAAGGUCACUGGGGAUAAGCUUGCAUGAAGCGUUGGUAUAGAGCGUGAAUAAACAUCAAUACUGUGUAGCUGUGUGCAUGGGUGAGUCUUGUACCGCGUCGAUUUAGUACUGUGCUUGGACUGGCGUCUCCACAUGUAAUGACAAGACAACCCGUCUCAGAAAGCAUUCAUGUCAACUCAUACAACAUCCUUAGUCAUGCGCAUUUGAUACUCAAUCAUGCCUUC